CCUUGAUGAUGAAAUAAGAAGCAAAUAUCUUGAAAUUGCGGUUCAGAGACAACUAUCAAAAGAAAAAACUAGUUCAAAAAAUCAAUCAAAAAAACAAAAAAUAAGUAUUAAUGAUUAUUGGGAAAACGAAAAUCAAUUUUUGGCAAGUCCUAAGAAGGAAGCAAUUGAUC